CGAGUAGAUCAGUCAGUUGUUGGUGAACCAACUGGGAUAAAACCUUCGACUAAACUUCGAGAUGAACUUGGGACUCUCAUUUGCCUUUUCGGCAAUUUUCCUUGGAGUGACCUAUGGAACUCUAGUGUCAGAACCUGGAUGCCCUCCCGGAGGAUUCAUUCGCAUUUCAGGCGCCGAUAUGGGUAAGUGUUACAAACUGGUGCUGAACAGCACUGCGGACAAGCAAUACAUUGACAGCGACUUCGUGAAGAUGCACGAGGCAUACAUUGAGUGUACUUUGCAGCAGGGUUGGAUUGCACGGCCCAAAGACCGACCCGAAGCCGCUGCUCUGAAAAAUUGGCUCGUGGCCAACCACAACGACCUCUUUGACGCUAACAGUCCGAAAGGGGUAUGGAUGGGGUACCGCAGGGCGCCAUUCCCUGUGGGAGAUCUGGACUACAAUACCGAAGUGAAACCUGAACGAAUCAACCCCAAGGCUUACUAUGACAUGUACUUGGACUGCCCUCGAGUGGUUAUGAACCCUGCCCUGUGGAGGAACAGCAGCAACGCGGUUCAAGAACAGCCGAACGACGGAGGAAAGGCCGCUCUGGACAAGGUAAUCUUCGACGAAAGAUGUGUUGCAUUGAAGAAGGUGUCGGAUAACAAAAAUGUGGGCCUAGACGAUUACGAUUGUGAGGACGGACUUGUUCACGCUACCCUGUGCGAGGCAUGCUUUGUUCCCGAAGAACCUGCGUAAUCAUCUCCACAAAGAGGCGACCCCCUUCCAAUAACAUUGACACAACCAAUGUGAUGAACAAAACAAAAACAACAAAAACAGCACUAACGACGGAAACUUAUAAAAAACAAUAUCAAAAAAUUUAUUGAA